AUCAAACUCGAAGGCAAAUGUCACUAUCAGUUGUUCGGUGUAGGAGCCAGAAUUGAACUAACAAAUUUCUUUUUAACCGCACAAGAAUAUGAACUAUUAAAGCAUAUUUUGUUUAAAACUUUAAUAAGUCAAGGAAAUAGAAAUUAUGCGGUGUUUUAUUCUUAUAGCCUGUUGCGCUAUAUUAGGUGUUGCAGCAUGGGACGACGACGAUUUAGAAGUUUUCGACGUGGUAGAAGAAGUGAACCAAAAUUUUUAUGAACUCAUAGGAGUUUCUCAGGAUGCAUCACAAUCUGAAAUUAAGUCGGCGUUUAAAAAGUUAACUCUGAAGUUACAUCCAGACAAGAAUGAUGCCCCAGAUGCUGAUGUUCAGUUUAGGAAUUUAGUGUCUGUUCAUAAUAUUCUCAAAGACCCAGGUAAAAGAGAAAAGUAUAAUGAGGUUCUUAAAAAUGGAUUACCAAAUUGGAGAUCAGCAGUAUAUUAUUACCGACAUGUCAGAAAGAUGGGAUUGGCCGAGGGUUCCAUUAUCCUGUUUAUCAUUGUUACAUUUGGACAGUAUUUAGUUGGUUGGGCAGCAUAUGCAGAGAAGAGGUACACUGCUGAACAAAUAUUGAAUACCAGAGGCAAAAAGCAAUUGAAAAAGUCUGGUUUUGAUACUGGAUUGGCCGAAAUAUUAGAUCAGUUACCUAAGCCUAGUAUCAAAGAUACACUACCCUUUCAAAUACCAAGAGCAAUUUGGUGGUCUAUAACUGCCAUCCCUAGUGCUAUUGCUGCAUUUAAAGAGAGAAAGAAGCAGCAAGAGGAGGAAGAGAGAAGGAGAAAGAAAAAGGAGGAAGAAGAGCGCGCCCGGGAGGCGCGCGAGGCGGCCGCGGGCGAGGCGCGCGCGGCGGCGGGCGGCGCGCGGCGCCGGCGCGGCUUCGUGCCGCCCGAGCGGGACUGCCUGCUCGAGCCGGCCGACGAGCCGGACGACGCCGCCGCGCUCGUCAGCAAGCCGUCGGCACCGCCUAUGAUAUCCGGCGGGCUGUGGACGGACGACGACCUGCUGGAGCUGGUGCGGCUCGUGAAGCGCUACCCGGCGGGCGCCGCGCGCCGCUGGGAGAGCAUCGCCGAGCGGCUGCAGCGGCCCGUGGCCGAGGUCACGCACAUGGCCGCCAAGCUCAAGGAGAACUGCUACAAGAUACCCGGCCAGGAGCCGGAGCCCGUCCCGGAGGUGCCCAAGAAGGUUAAAACUCGCAAAGCUGAAGACAUCUCAGCAAGUUCUGUAAGCAACUGGUCCCAAACCCAGCAAAAGGCGUUGGAGUCGGCGCUUGCAAAGUAUCCGAAGGGAGGGGCCGGAGAUCGUUGGGCCAAGAUCGCUAACAGUGUGCCCGGAAAGACUAAGGAGGAAUGCAUGCAGCGAUGUAAAUAUCUAUCGGAGAUGCUCAGACAGCAGAAGCAAAAAGAAGAAGAACAGAGGAUAGAAGAAGAGAAACUGAAAGAGCCACAAAACAAUGAAGACGCAAGCCCGCGUCCUAACGAUAACGAAGACGAAUCUAUCAUGUGAUUGAAGAAUUUUAAGCAUAAUAAACUUUUCCCCAGAAUUGACAAUUUUCUAGCCUAAUGUCUCAAAUCUAAAGUUAAAAUCUCUAAAGUUUGCUUACAUGUCUGAGGCGCUAAAUACUUAAUUCGUGAUUGUGACACGUGAAUGCCAUGACAAAAAUUUCCAAGGCUCAAUGUGGUGGAUGGAUCAUGUCAAUAAUUUAUAUACGCACAUCAUACAUAAAUUAUUAACAUGAUGAGUACAUUAUUUGUAUGUAUAACGAUUUUCAUAGUUAUGGUACUAAAGAUUUUGAUGGAAA